AUGUCUCUCGUCUGCAGGGCGACGCGUGCCCGGUGCCAAAGCUACCUGUUUGCCUACGUGUCCGUCGAAGAAAUCAUGCAGUGCGCGAACCUUGUCAACGUCUUCAUCAGUUCGCCGCAGUUGGCGACAAACAUGCUCUUCGGGAGUACCAUUGCACCAUCUCUAUCACACCUUCCGGAUCUUUAUGACCCCCGCCUGCCCGUGCGGUUGUUCAUACUGGAGGAUACUGCCAUCGACAGUCUGGAUCGGCUGGCUAUCGUACUCUCCCGUAUGCCUCUGCUGGAGCAGUUGGAGUUGAAGUCGACUCGAAUUGAAUACGCAGGGCCUGAGGAUGAAGAGCCCAUGCUGGAGCUGUGGCCAUCAUCCUCUCUCCGUUUGACCACUCUGGUGCUGCAUGACCACAGGAUGGGAUCGCUGGAGGAUGCCGCCAUAUUUUUCAGUGGAUUUGACGAUGUCAAGGUCCUGAACUUGAUGAUCAUUGAUAGCUGCGACUACCAGUUCCUCUGCGACAUGAUCAAGUUGGAGAAGGGUGUCGUGGAGUUGCAUGUGGUCGUGACCGAGAGGUGGGAAUAUCCUCUGUACGAAGAUGAAAUGCACCCGGAAGACUUUAGGGACCGGACCGGCGGCGGCGGGUUGCGUGCGCUCGUAUUUAAGCAGGAGACUGGAGUUUUCAGGGAGAAGAAUUUCAAUCUCGACGACAACGAUGGAAGCUGGACAACCCCUCUCUUACUGUCUCUGAAUACGCAUCUCCUCGAGGCGGCAACGUGGCCUGGAUUCGAUUGGGCCAUGGUAGACGAAGCGCUGAGUAACCCUGGCAAGUUCCCCGCGCUGAAACUGGUCGAAGUCGACGAUAUCUCCUUCGAACUUCGAUCAGGCAGCGAAAUCCGUAUUUUCGAAUCUCGGCUCGAAGAGCAACUCCCGCAGGUCCAGCAUCAAGGGAUUCUUUACGUUAACUUGGACGAUAGGUGGCGCGCUGCAUUGGACUGA